GCAUUUUAAUCAUUAAUUGCAGUCAUCUUUUAAUCAGCGGUUUCGUGUUUUUGUACAAUUAGAAUUGCAAGUAAACAGGUUGUUUGUAUUUAGUUUUUUCAUUUUGAUUUUCAGUAAGGCUAAAUCAACAAUAAGUAAAUUGUCAAUUUAAUUUGAAUAAAUCAUCGUUAAAAUGACCAACACAAGUUUUCACUUCCUCUUGACCACUAUGAAUGCAUAUGGACCAGUCAAUGCGACACUUGGUUUUGGCGAAGUUCUUACCCGCCAUGGACACAAAGUGACCUUUGCUCAUUUACCGAAGUACGAAAAGGCUGCUACUAAUCGUGGGUUCGGUUUCAUCGCAUUCAAAAAGGAACUUUUUCCAGAAAAAAAUGAAGAUUCUCUUGUUGAAACGAUCGACAACUAUGGAAAACUUCGUCGCGAUCCGAUGGUUCGAUUCACUAAUUUUACUCAACAGGAUAAAGAGAAUAUGAAUGACAUGAGUGCUUGGUUAACUCUUCAUGAAGCUCAUAAAGAAUUUCUUAGUCGGACGAAUAUCGAUGAAUUUGAUGGCAUAAUUCACGAUUGUUGUGAUCUUACUGGUGCUAUUUUCUCUACGGGUCUACCAGUGAUCAACUUACACUCUUGUAAUCCACUUGGACUUUACAAUAACGGACCACCGAUUCAAUUUGGUUUAUCAACAUCAUCUGAUCGUAAACUAUGGGCAGAGAUGAGGAAUCACCUUCUCGAUUCCCAUGAAGUUUUCAUCACUUGUAUGAAUGAGCAUUUAGCUAAAAUCGGUCGACCUCCGGUCUUUCGUCCUACUCGACUUUCCUUACCCUUGACCAAUAUCGGCUUCUAUCAUUAUCCCAAGCAACUUGAUUACACCGAAUGUGAACCAAUUGAACCUGGUUGGCAUCGAAUCGAUAAUUUCAUCAGAUGUUCCGAAUCAAAGUGCUUCGAGAUACCCGAUAAUCUGAAAGAUAAACCUGGUUCAUUGAUCUACUUUUCCCUUGGAUCAACUGCUUCAAACGAUAUUCAAUUAAUGCAAAGGAUGAUUGAUACUCUUGCUAAAUCACCUCAUCGAUUUAUCAUUUCAAAAGGAUUUCGAGGAGAUCAACUUAAAUUAGCUGAUAAUAUGUGGGGAGAUAAUUAUGUUGAUCAAAUUGCGGUUAUUCAAUCAGUUGAUUUGGUUAUAACUCAUGGCGGUAACAAUACCUUGAUGGAAACACUUUUAUAUGGUAAAUCGUUGAUCGUAGUUGGAUAUUAUUUUGAUCAACUGGAUAAUGCUCAGAGAGUUGUGGAUAAGAAGAUCGGAUUCCGAGUUAAUCCAUGGGAAUUUGAUGAAGAUUAUCUAUUAGAUUGUAUUGAGAAAUCGCUUGUUGAUGAUGAGAUGAAAAAACGAAUCGUUCAAAUUUCUGAGACCAUGAAAACUUCACAAAGUUCAUCGGAAGCGAUCACCAUGAUUGAAGAAGUAAUUAGAAAACACAAAUCAUCAUCAACCAAUUGAUUUUAUUUCUCUGAUUGUUAUCGUUCAAAUUUCGCUCAUCAAUUGAUUGUUACUCACUUUAAAUUGACAGUUUAUCAACUGAAAAUCUGUCACUUUAUUUACUCUGGUUUGAGAAGGGAUUUAAUUUGGUUUCAACAAUUAAAGUUCAAUUAUAAUUAUUUUCUUAUUA